GUCUACCUCAACCGGCUGACGGGCUUCGACCACCAGUGCCGCGUGCGCUACAACGUGGUGCUGGGCGAGGGCGAGCGCCGCCUGGACUCGGGCAUCGUCGACGACAUCAGCGACAGCGACGGCAAGGGCUACGGCUGGCACCCGCGCGUGCGCUUCUCAGACCUCGUCUACAAGGGCGUGGUGCGCGUGCACCUGGAGAUGCUGCUGGCGAACACGCUGAGCGAGCUGUGCCUGGGCACGACGGCGGGGCCCGGCGCGUCGCCCGUGGGCGUGGCGGGGGUGGUGCCGUCGGUGGCGGCGGCGACGGCGGCCGCCGCGGGCAGUGCCGCCCCCGCGCAGUGCUACGACCGCGACAAGCAGGCGUGGACGCUACGCUCCGACUGCCACUCCGACACCGUGCGCCUGCACAUGGUCUACAAGGACAUCCACAACGUGCCACGCAACCACCUGCGGUACGUGUGCUGGACGGCGUACCUCCUGCGCGCGCACGGCAAGUCGGGCGCCCUGGAGCCCGUGCCGCUGCCCGGCGCGCCCUUCUCCCACUACUACGCGCAGGACGUGUCGGACGAGGGCAUCAUCAUGGAGACCGACGUCACCGUCAAGGAGCCAUCACUGCAAUUGUCAUGCGAUAUUAAUAUUAGCUGGGACACCGAGGAGAGGACGAGAAGUAGAAGAAGGAAGUGCAGAAAAGUAAGAGAGGAGUAAGGAGAAUAGGAAAGGAAACGAAUAAAGUGAAGGUGAACAAAGAAAAAAGAGAGAAGAGGAAGAAGAACGAGAAGAAAGAUCAAGAAUGGACAUUCUGUGACCUCGGCAAUAGUGGAUGCGGAACUUAGCUUCUAAUUCCAUUUUACUUGGGGAAUACUGACAAAGAAUGCGGGAGCCUGGCUGUCCAUACGUCACCGAUAAGGGGCAGCUGCGCGUUCAAGUAGAGUGGGGAGAGUGUUUCCUGCUUUUCCAGGCCACCUACCACAAGUACGACGACGUGUGCAGAAUUCACAACUACCAAAUGAGGCGGGAGAUCGGCGCGCUGCAGGCGGAGAACUACAGCCUGGAGCGGCAACUGUUCAGCUACCAGAAGAGCAUCGCGUACGCGCACUCGCGCGGCGCCUACUCGGACGACCUGGCGACGCCCGACGGCCGCGGCGACGACGACGACGAGCCCUACUUCGACGAGCGCGCCUACUCGCUGGGUAACUCGCCGCCCGUGACGCAGCCACCGCGCGGCCCGCCAGCCGUCGCACCGCUCCAACGCGCACAGCCCCGCUCCCCGCGCCACGCCUCCCGCUCCCCGAGCUCCCCGCGCUCCACUCCGCGCUCCGUCACGCCCGCUCCGCUCAGCCGCACCGCCACUCGCGACCCGUGUGUGGAGCGGGCCCCCCCCGCCCGCCCACGCAGCCGCGCGCCAACUUCGAAACUGCGCCGCCCGACGACAUGGAAGCUCACUGACCACGCUCGUGGACGGCGGCAGCGUGUCGUCUGA